AUGCGUCAUCAAAAUAAUCCAGCGUCCAAUUUUCCAUCGCCGGCCCCUGUAGGUGAAUACCUGGCCAAUGGAAAUAAAAAUGACCCCCCUCUACUUCCGAAUGAUCCCACGCUAGGAUUCAAGUUCAAUUAUAUGAUGAUGAGAGUUCGCGACCCGUCGCGAUCUCUCCAUUUCUACAUCAACCUUAUGGGCAUGCGCACUGUAUUCACCGUCAACGUCGGUCCAUUUACGAUUUACUAUCUCGGCUAUCCGCAGACCGAGGAACAUCGACAAGACCUACCAAGAUUCGGAGAAGAGACUGUUGUCAAUUUGGGACAUACCCUGGGACUUCUCGAACUAUACCACAUCCAUGGUACCGAGAAAGAACCCCAACCUUGCUACGAAACGGGAAACAACCCUCCACACCUAGGUCUUGGACACCUCGGAUUUACAGUUCCAGAUGUUUCAAAAGCACUGGAUCAUUUGAAGCAAAAUGGAGUAGAGGUUGUGAAAGACUUGGGUGUUGCAACCCGAGAGACUAUUCCUUUAAGUGAAUGGGAAGCCCUCCGUGGGGUCGGUUUGGGGGAACUCCAUCCUGAGUAUAAGAAAGUGUUCAAGCAAAUCGCAUUUCUUAAGGAUCCGGAUGGUUAUACAGUCGAGCUCGUGUCCCAGAAGAUGAACGCACUUGACCCAUGA